AUGACAACAGAAGGAAUGGAUAUUAUAUAUUUUUAUGCGAUUGCUGAACUUUUGUUAUCAAUUCAUAUUUCGUUUUCAAAUGCACUUGUUUUGUGGGUUUAUAUAAGGUGAGUCUUUAGUUUCAAAAAAAUUACCGUAUAAUUUUGUUUACUUUCAAGUUUGCUCCAAAAUUUUUUCGAUUAGGCUUAUUUGAGGAUAAAAAUAAAUUCGAAAACUUUAGUCUUUCUAUUUUCUCGGGAUUAAAAUUCUAGGGGGAUUUGUAGUUCAAAAUUAUAGAUACAAAUUCUGAGAAUUCAUCUUUUGUCUGAAUAAAACGUAAUUCAACAAUUUGUUGUACAAAUCUAAGAAAAUAAAAUAAAAAACUAUCAUAUGACUUCGACUCAUCAGACAUCAAUUAGUCUACAUUUCAUUUCAGAUGAUUUUUUGUGCUUUUGAUAAGUUCAUUCUACUAAAAUUGAACUUUUUUUUGUUUAACCUAAAAAACAAACUUUUUCGGUUCUUUGGCCUAACAAAACAUGUGUCCUGCUCUAACUAACCAAAUUCCAAAAAAAAAUUGUGCCACCUAGUUAUACAUGUUCGGGUUUUGCAACCAACUUUCUUCUUGGUUACUUCUUGGGUCUCAAAAAUCUCCAGAGGAUUUUGAAGAAGCAGCGAAAAGAAGAAGAAGCACAUUUUGUUUGUUUUAGGUUGAUGAGAAAAUGAGGAGAAAAAGUUCGAAAAUUAAGCAAAAUGAAAAAAGACCACGUGGGAUUUGAGAAGUUUCAUGGCAAAAUUUCUUUAGUUUCCUAGCUGCCUGCGAGGUUUGUUUAAUUGAUCCAUAGAAAAAAAGAGCAAAAUAUGCAAUUAUGAAAAAAUAUAUAUGAUAAUGACCUUUUUCAAGCGGAAACAAAUUCGUUUGUUAACCACUUUUCAGUAUAAAUGCGAGGAGAAAAAUGAGAGAAUUUUUCAGGUCAAAACAUGUUCGAACUGUCACAAAUACAUACAUUUUCUCGCUGGCAUUAACCGAUUUUCUGGCAGGUUAGUUUUAAGGGAGCCCUGAUUUUGGACCUUUGGUCCCAUUUCACAUUUUGAUCCAAUUCAAAACCACCCCCACAAUUUAGUAGCGGGAUUUUUUGUUGUCAGCUGAUUCACUAAACAUCUUACAAUUGACACGUUUUCGAUCCGCGCAACAACCAAUAUUUGUCAAAACUUGACAAUACUUCUUUCUUUCUUUUUUUCAAAUAUAUGUAUUAUGUGUUGUGUUUUCGGCGGUGGCGCAAGAAAAGAAAAACGAUGAGAAUUUAUUUCGAAUAUCCGCGUAGUUUUUUUUGCUUGCUGCUGGUGAGAAGAUGAAUUUUUGAGUGCAGCACAAGAAAAACCUCCAAACUCAAUUGGUUUAUCCGGAUGAGAAAAGGAAGAUGUGCAAAAAUGGCACGUGUGAAAAACGAAGAAGAAAUUUUGUGUUGGGAUGAGAUACUGUAGCAGCUUAUUGGAAAAAUGAUUUGGGCUGGAAGUUGAAAAAAAUACUCUGAAAAUUUUAAAAUGAAUUUUAUGACAGCUUUUUCAGAAUUUUCUAGUCUCCAAUUUUCCGAGCUCCACAAACAAUUCAUUCGAAAUUUUCUCCUAAAUUUCUUUUCAGCCGAAGGUUCUCUCUUAAAUACAUUUGUUUUCUUUUUUCUUCCAAAUAUACAAAUGUCCUUUUGUGUUUACUUGCUCAAAUGCUCAAAAAUAAGAUUGCACUAUUUGUAAUUUGAAAUCAGUGAAAAAUAGAGAGAAAUCUCCUCAUUCAAUUUCUUCCGGGGAAAAUUCCUGGAAUAGAAUAAGUCUACAUUUCAAUAAUGUCACAUAUAUUUUUGAUCUUUGCUGUCCAAAACUAAAAGCUUUGAAAAAAAAGUAGUAGGAGUCUAGAAUCGAGAAUUAAGAAGAAAAAACGGGGGGAAAUUGAUAUACGUCCGGUUAUUUCCUUGAUCAAUGAAUCAUAUGAUUUAAAAUCCAUUUUUCUGCAAGUCAAAGUUGUCUAGAAAAAAUUUUCUUUUGUUAUAAUUUGUGCAAAAAAUGCAAUUUUUGAUCCGUAAGAUUUUUCUACGUGGAAACAUGAAAAAUUCAAGAAUUCCAUCUUCGCUAUCCGUAAAUAAUGUUUUUGGAGAAUAAAAUAAUUAUUAUCCGAAUGACUAAAUAAACAGAAUUUUCUAGUUGUUUUCAUUCUCGAAAGUGCAAAAAAGCUCUGGAAGAAACAAUCGAAUAUUUGCAGGUUCACUCGGAAUUCCAUUGACAGUAAUCUCGGUGCUCACAAAAAGUCCCGGUUCAUUUUAUGGCUGCCUCUUUGUCCAUCUUAUUCUUUGCAUUCUUUGCACAAUCUCAACUUUUCAUAUGCUCGCAAUUGCAAUUGAUAAAUAUGUCACAAUUUGUUGCCGUGAUCGAGUGUUUAGUUCGAGGUUUGUUGCAAAAUUAUACAUAUUCUCACCUUGAUUAUUACUAUUGUUAAAAGAAGAGUAAAAAAGAAGAGAGAGAGAUGAAAGAAAAUAGAUGAAUAAUUGGAUUGUAAAAGUCAUCUGUCGCAUAAAUUAUUUGUCAACAGAAAAAUAUUAUGUAGAGACGUAAUAUAAAUAUUCAACGUGGGUGUUAAUAUUUCUCGUGGUUGGAAAAUGAACAAGGAAAUGCCACCACUAAUCAUUUCACGCAUUAAAGUUUUUAAACUUGAUUUUGUAGAGCAUAACAAAUAAUCUGAGUCAUAAUUGAAUCAUUCAAAACCAAAACAUUUUUAGGAAAUUAUUUUGGAAAAUAGCGAAAGUUUGUAAUUUUCAAAUAAAUUGUUCCUAAUUUAGUUUUUCAAAAAUUCUUAUUCCAAACUUUGGCAAAUAUUCUGCUUGAAAUGAACUUUUUUAAAAAUUUAAAAAUCAAAAACUGUCCGAGAACUUCAAAAUCCAUCUGAAUCUUGCAGACGUCGUCGUGCAAUAUUUCUAUUGGCAACAUCGUGGAUUUCCGGAUUUUUUAUUGCAAUUCUUCCAAUGUUCAACGUCUUUGGAUUCGCCGAGUACGUGUUUUUUGAACUUUUUUAAAGCUCCAAUUUCCGAGUUUGUGUGAGGCGCAAGGAAAAAGAAGGGAAAUUAUUGGGACCGAUAGUCAAAUUCAAUUUAAUUUGUGUGUUUGAAGAAGAAGAAAAGAAUGGACGCCGCCAAAAAUACUUUUUUAGUCGUUGCUUCAUUUGAUCAAUGAAUGAGAAAAGGAACAUUUUCAAUUUUUUACAGACAAACAAAGAAGAGUUUCGAAAAUACGUGUGAAUUCACAAAAGUUGUCGAUUAUCGAUAUUUGGUUUAUAUCAUUUUUGGCGCCACAAUUGUUGCACCCACAAUUAUUAUCGUAAUUCUAUAUUCGAGCAUUUAUAAACGAAUCAGAACUGAAGAACAACAGGUUCGCAAUAAAUCCCGAUCUCCUUCCGAAACAAUUGAAUUUCAGGUCAAAUGUCUUUUGCGUCAAUCUGAACGUGAAAAACGUCUCCAAGGUCGUCGAAAACUCAUUCGAAUUCUUUUGAUUCUCGUUGUUUCGUAUGGAAUCUGCUGGUAUCCACUUUACAUCAUCAACACAAUCGAUCAUUUUGCACCCGAUUUUUCAAUCAGCAAAUUCACACUAUACACCGUGAUCCUAUCGCAUAUGUCUUGCGCGUUGAAUCCAUUGAUUUAUGCCUACGGAAUGCCGGGAUUCAAAAAAGUGAGCUUUUCUCGAGAUUCUGUUCGAAGUAUUUUUACUUUUUUUGCAGGCUCUUCGCGCAUUUUUCAAUAUUCAAACCGAUCCGAACAACACAUGUGCUAAUUAUUCAUGUUAUAUGCGGUUAGUUUUCACAUAUUUUUUUAUUCAUCUAGUGAAAAUUGUCAGUUAUGAUGUGAUAAUUUUCUGAAUUCACUUAUUUUUGAACUCGGCUAUUUUUGGCAGCGAUUUUUCAAAUUCUGAAGCAAAUGCAUUUUUGGAAAUCAUCCAGGCUACGGUAGCUAGAAAAAUAAUGCCACGUGGCCAAAAUUUUCUUAUCAAAUGUUUUUUUCCAUAAAAAAUCUCUCUAGAAUUUUAACCUCACUUCCGAGAUGUGUAUAAACAUUUUUUGCAGAUCAACAAAUCAAAAGCAGCGAAGUAUAAGUGUUCGCGGUCUUUCACCAUACGACACAUCAACUCAACAACAAAAUCUUGCAACUCGAAAAAUCUCGGCUCCGGCUCCUUCUCUACUCGAUCACAAUCGACAACGUCGCCGACAAACUGUCGAUCAUAUUGAUCUCUAG